AUGAACGAUGAGGUCCAAUUGGUUUCCGCAAAACGUGUGCAUGCGGAUGUGGAAAGUGUGAAACAAAUUCGUGAAUUGCAAAAAGAAAUCGAAUUCGACCUAGAAAAUCUGAGAGAUUAUCAGACGGAAAUUCAUGGACCUUUGACAAUAACCUAUCGAUUACACGAUAAUAUUCCCUCUGAUAGCCUGUGUGGUUCGAUUCGUGUCCGUUUAGAUCGUACCUGUUUUGUACGCAUCAAUCCAGAUAUACAAACACAAAUGCAUUACGAGGAUGAGGAAGCGAAAUUUAACUACCUAAUUCUUCGCAAAGCAUUUGAUUUUUUAGAAAGUUGGCGCUCGGUUGUCCUGUCGUCAGAAAUGAAAUCCCGAUUACAGUUGGCUCGAUCGCAGUCACGGGAUUUGGGUUUUCCUCUGUUCGAGAACGAUACAGAUAUUUAUCUUCCGUGUCGUUUCAGUUUGUUUCAACAAUUAUUCACAUUGGACAACAAAUUUUUACCGUUGCAAAAACGCGGAGCUUUCGUCAUUGUCGACUAUCACAUCAAGUGUCCCGAAUUGGAUCCGAUGGAGUUAAUCAAUAUGGCUUUGGAACGGGAUGUGGGCAAGAUGAAAGCCGCCAUAUUGGGGGUGGAUGAUACACGCUAUAUGAAAUUGGAGAAUGUGGUGAUGGAGGAUACCAAAGAGGUUCGUCUGUCUUGCCGUUUGACUCGAUCCAUCGAUUGCCGGUACAAUAUGAAACCGGUAUUGUGGCGUAGCACUGCCGGUCAAACAUUUGGCCGACGAACAAUGCUGAAUGAACGAAUCUAUAUGAGUGGAACUUGUGAGUUGGUUAUACAGGCGGUAGAACGAAACGAUUCGGGUAUCUAUCAGUGUUUUAUUCGUGAUCCACACAAUCCAGCUGUAUGGCAUCGAACACCGAAACUGGCGUAUCGUUUAAGAGUGGAGAAAGCCAAUUACAAAUUGCCCGAUUGGAACGACAUGUUGAUCGGGUUAUUCGUUCUGACCGGUUGGUCCAUAUGCAUUCUCGUCCUGUGGAUUAUACUGUUAAUUUUCAAUCAACAAGUGCAUCUCAAUGCAAUGGCUGUGGCCAAAGCACGUCAGAAUAGGAAUCGUGAAAUGGCCGGGAUUGCGACUGAUUUUCCCGUUGACACUGAAUCACCGGUUUGA